UAUGCUCUGGCAGCCGAAUAUUCCUCGAUUUUAUAAUUUAGAGUAAAAUUUUUGUCUGCCGGAGCAGUCAAACAACGCGCCAAAUAAAACAACAGACUGGCAACACCAUAAUCCAUAAAAAGUUGCCAAUCGGCCUUAGCCGUUUUUUUUCCACUUUUCCCCUCACAUAUGUAUGUAUAUAUUUUAAUAGCUGAUGUAACGUUGUGUACCUCUAGUGUAAAUUCGGAAAUAAACAAAAACAGAAUGAAGCAAAUUUACAGAAUAUUUGCUAACCAAGCCAUAUUGUGCAGACAAGCAACAAGACACUGGGCAGGAUCAGGAGCAGUACAAAUUCAGAGGCCCAAAACACUGACGACAACAGCCACAACAACAACAAGUCUGCCUACCAAAGAAAAGUUUACAUUAAGACCGGCUGUUGCUGACAACACGUGCAGUUGGCGGUGUCAUCCUUUAAGAUUCUAUUGUAAUCAUUCAAAUAAUGACAGCUCGAAUAUCGUUAAAACUAGUCUACCUCUGGCCGAGCUUCAAACGAAAAUGCAACUGAUUUACACCUGCAAAAUUUGCCAAACUCGUAAUAUGAAAUCCAUUUCAAAAAUCGCCUAUCAGCGCGGAGUUGUAAUUGUCACGUGCGAAGGAUGCUCCAAUCAUCACCUGAUUGCCGACAAUCUGAAUUGGUUCACCGAUUUAGAUGGCAAACGGAAUAUUGAAGAAAUACUGGCUGAAAAGGGGGAAAAAGUUACAAAAUUUGUAAAUGAAAAUUCUGAAUUUUUGCCACAAGACGACGAUAACAUUGAUUCAAAAUUAAAACCAAAACUUAUUUCCUAGUUA